GCUCUUGCAUUUCUCAUGAACUGUGGAGUCGUGUUGGGUUUCUAUUGUUGGGGUUGGGAGUUCUUAACUGCCCUUCUUCUCUUCUCCUUUCAUAUCAAACCUUAGUUCAUCAUUCUCUUUCUCCUUCUCAUCUUCUUCUUAAGAAACCAUUUUCUUUUAGACAAAUUAAAAAAAAGGGAGGAAAUACAGAAAAGUUGAAAAAAUGGAGGGAGCAAGUGAUAAGGGGUUGGAAUGUGGAAGGAAGUGCACUCCACCACCGUUUUUGUUAAAGACAUAUAUGCUAGUGGAAGAUCCAGCCACAGACGACGUCGUUUCCUGGAAUGAUGAAGGGACAGCGUUCGUGGUGUGGCAGCCAGCGGAGUUUGCUCGUGAUCUCCUCCCAACACUCUUCAAGCAUAGCAACUUUUCUAGCUUUGUGCGCCAGCUCAAUACCUAUGGCUUUCGUAAAGUUGCAACAAGCAGGUGGGAGUUUUGCAACGAAAGGUUCAGGAAAGGUGAAAGAGAAUUGCUAUGUGAGAUUAGGCGAAGAAAAGCUUGGGCUAGCAAGCAACAACCUAAUGCACCAAACCAAGCCAUAGGCCAAGAUUCUGAUGAAGAUCAAAGGUCCUCAUCAACCUCAUCAUCUUCAGGUUACACCACUCUUGUGGAUGAAAACAAACGACUUAAGAAGGAGAAUGGGGUGUUGAGUUCUGAGCUCACCAACAUGAAAAGGAAGUGUAGGGAACUUCUUGAUUUGGUUGCCAAAUAUUCAUCACAUGUAAAGGAUCAGAAGGAAGAAGAUGAAAGGCCAAUGCUUUUUGGAGUGAGACUAGAUGUUCAAGGAGGGAGGGAGAUGAAGAGGAAUAGAGCUGAGCUAAGUGAAAGCGCAAGCAUUAUGCUGUCUCAGUCUUGCAAAUAG